AUAUGGCAUAUGCUUGAUUACUUUUUCUUGUUUUAUAUGACGAUGGCAUAUACUUGAUUCGGUAUCCAUUUAUUCCUUCUACAGUUCUACUCCAUUGAAAAUAUCCACUUCUGAUCUGAGUUCAAAGUCUCCCCCCAAAGCGAAAAGCUUUAAAUAAAAUUUUCGAGCUGCUCCUCGUAUUUCACCAACGAUUGUAUUCCAAACGAACUCCAUAAGGAGAACAACCAUAACGUCAUGACUCUCUCUAUAAAUCCAACUUUGGCACUUCCUCUUUCUUUCAAUUCGACGUCGUCGUCUUCUUUUCCCGUUUUUUCUUCUACUCUCGAAGUCUCUGUUUUUCCUUCUUUCGGCAGAAGACCCGUAUGUCUCUCGUGCAAACAAGUGCAUUUCCCGCAACUCGUUCAAGCAAAGAGAAGCAAAAGGAGACCAAGUGUUGCUGCUUUUUCAGACAAUAAUAUGGCCAUUACAGAAGUGAAUGAAGAAAAGGAAGAGCAGGGACCUCCUGUUUCGGAGGAAACGGAAGGCAUUUCCAAGCCCCGGCGUAUUGUUCUGUUCGUCGAGCCUUCUCCUUUUGCUUAUGUGUCAGGAUAUAAAAACCGGUUCCAGAAUUUCAUCAAGCAUCUGCGUGAAAUGGGGGAUGAGGUCAUGGUUGUGACAACUCAUGAAGGAGUGCCCCGGGAAUUCUAUGGAGCAAAACUAAUUGGGUCAAGGAGCUUCCCCUGCCCCUGGUAUCAAAAAGUGCCUCUUUCACUGGCACUCAGCCCUAGAAUAAUCUUAGAGGUUGCCAGGUUCAAUCCUGACAUAAUACAUGCUUCUUCACCUGGAAUUAUGGUAUUUGGUGCUCUCAUUAUAGCAAAGCUACUGUGUGUGCCUAUUGUGAUGUCAUACCACACUCAUGUUCCAGUAUACAUUCCAAGAUACACCUUUAGUUGGUUGGUGAAACCAAUGUGGAUGAUCAUAAAGUUUCUCCAUAGGGCUGCUGAUCUUACUCUAGUGCCAUCAGUUGCCAUUGGGAGGGAUCUUCAAGCUUAUCGGGUAACAGCAGCUAAUAAGAUACGCCUCUGGAAUAAAGGUGUUGAUUCUGAAAGCUUUCACCCCCGCUUCUGCAACCAUGAAAUGCGGUUAAGAUUAAGUAAUGGUGAGCCUGACAAACCAUUGAUAGUCCAUGUUGGGCGCUUAGGAGUUGAGAAGAGUUUGGAUUUCCUAAAAAGGAUAAUGGAUAGGCUUCCAGAUGUACGGAUUGCUUUUAUAGGAGAUGGGCCAUAUAGAGAGGAACUAGAAAAGAUGUUCUCUGGAAUGCCUGCGGUAUUCACAGGAACGUUACAAGGUGAGGAACUCUCUCAGGCUUAUGCUAGUGGGGAUGUUUUUGUAAUGCCUUCAGAAUCGGAGACCCUUGGGCUGGUAGUGUUGGAAGCCAUGGCAUCAGGGAUUCCAGUGGUUGCAGCUCGUGCUGGUGGAAUCCCUGACAUAAUUCCCACGGAUAAAGAGGGUAAGACAGGCUUCCUUUACAACCCUAGAGAUAUCGAGGACUGCUUAAGCAAGUUGGAACCCCUAUUAUCCAAUCAAGAAUUGAGAAAAACCAUUGGAAGAGCUGCACGUGAGGAGACGGAGAAGUACGGAUGGCGAGCAGCCACACGCAAGAUAAGGAAUGAGCAAUACAAUGCUGCCAUUUGGUUCUGGCGGAAGAAGAGAGCACAAUUACUGCGACCUUUUCAUUGGUUGAUAAGACGAAUUUUCCGGUCACCAGAAGUAAACCAUGGCUGAUGCAAAUUAUCUUGGAUUCCAAAGGAAAGGGAAAGUAUCAUUAAUCUGUCAAGGACACAGAGGUCACAAGUUGUUUGUACGAUUAAUUUGUUGUUUGUAUUCUAACAACAACAGAUCAUUUGUUGUAUAUUCUAGACAUGAAAAUCUGGCAAUGCAAUGAAAUUGAUUAAUUUUUGAGGAA